AUGCGUUUGACAGCUAUUCUAUUUACCUCAGUCACUUUAUUAUCAACCACAUACGCAGCAACACUCGAAAAAAGGUGUAACUUAAGAAGAGAGCCUAUCACCGUCAAAAAUGGCUUGCCUCUUGGUGAAGUAAAAGUUGGUUCACCACCACAGUCAUUUCGAGUAUUAUUCGAUACAAGCAAUUCCCUGACCUGGGUGCCUUCUACGGAUUGUCAUACGCCCAUCUGUCGUAAAAAUUCAAACAAGUUGUACAGUCCAAACACUUCAUCUACCGCUGUUAACCUUCAUCAAAAGGAAUCGAUUAAAUUUGAUGAAGGCGUUUGCAUUGACGUUAGACUUUAUAGAGACACUGUUUCUGUAGCUGGAAUUGAAGUACCCAAUCAAUUGUUUGGUGCUGCUUAUAGUGUUAAAGGACUUGAUGAAGAUCAUUUUGGCUUCCUUGGCUUAGGUAACUAUGCUGACGGAGGCGAUGUUCGCUUAUCAUCUAGCAAUUCAUCUUCUUCUCUCACAAAACGUCAAAGUGGUGGUAAUGGCGCUUUUGCUCCCAAUGCUUUCCAGUUAGGCGCUCAGCAAGGAUCUGCACAGUUUGGCUUUUACACCACCAGCCCAUCAUCAGGAUUCUAUCAAAAGAGAAAUAACGAUGGACACAACGGAGAGUUCAUCAUUGGCGGUAUUGAUCACAAUGUUUACAAAGGAGGUAUUGCUUACUUCAAGCUGCCUACCUGCGACUAUGGCGAUUCUCCUUAUUGGAAGACAGAACUCAAGUGUGUCAAAUUGGGCAACAAGAUCGAUGUCAAAUUAGCUCCCAAGACAUUGGCUUCUUUUAGCACAGGCACCUCUCAUAUGCUUGCGCCUUCCCAUCAAGCCGAUUUGCUUCAUGCUGCUCUUGAUGCUCAUUAUGAUGAAGACGAAGAUGUUUACAAGAUUGAUUGCUGCGAAGACUUGAGCAAGUUCCCUGACUUGAAGUUUGAUUUCCAUGGCUAUCGUAUUACUUUGCCUCCCAAGGCUUACCUCAAGAAGGACAAUGACAAGCAAUGUCACAGUUUGAUCGGUCGUAACACAGAUGACAAAAACUGGAUCUUGGGUGGUUACUUCUCUCAGUGGUUCUACCAAGUCUAUGAUGCCAGUAACUCACAAAUCGGUCUUGCUCUUACAAAGGGCGAAUCUGAUGUCAAGAUUGAUAAGCUUCAUUAA